CAAAUUCUCGUCUUCCUAGGCUUUCCAACGUAUGGAAGAAAAUUUCUCAAAUACCUCGCACUUAAAAACGUAACCAGAAUCUUACUCUUUCACCAAUCCGGAGCGUCCCAAAAGGUGUCAAGGAUAGCCCAUGAAAUUCUCAAACUUCGAGCGCGGAAAUCUUAACGAUCUUUUUACACUUUUGCUUUGCAUCCCUCCCCUAGUUGGGAAGUGACACGCAGAAGACACGAUCACAACGCACUUUGAUUGGAAGAAGUAAAACUGCAUUCUAUUGGUUAUAAUGUGUGAGGACAUAACCACAACGGAAGACACAACUGCAACGCUACAAUAUUGAAGCACGGAUUUUAUCGAGGAUUCCUUUAAAACUCAGCAGCAUGAGCAUAAAAGAGAAGAUUUGCUUUCCUUCCGAAAAUAAACAAGGAGCCUGUCCCGGAGUGCUCACUGGGGAUGUAAGUAAAUCAACGAUGGGUCUUGUUGUCGUGCAGGAAUGGUGGGGGAUGAAUGACAUCAUAAUUGACGAAGCUGCAGACAUCUCUGGAAGAGGCAACUUGGUAACUCUAGUGCCCGAUCUUUAUCGAGGGAAGGUAGCAACCGAUCAUGAAACAGCUGGACAUUACAUGUCUGAUCUGGACUGGCCUGGAGCGGUGCAAGAUAUCGCUGGAGCUGCCAAAUUUUUGAAAGAAAAAGGUUGCAAGAAAGUGGGUGUGACAGGCUUCUGCAUGGGUGGGGCUCUGUCUCUGGCAGCUGCGGCACUGAUUCCUGAAGAGAUUGCAGCAGCAGCUCCUUUCUAUGGCAUCCCCAGUGCAAAGCUGUGUGAUUUGGGGACAAUCAAGAUACCUUUGCAAGCUCAUUUUGGGAGUAAGGAUAAUCUUGAGGGGUUCUCAUCACCAAAAGAUGUGAAAGCUUUAACAGAGAAGCUGGAUGCUGGAGGAGUGAAGUAUGAGCUUCAUAUGUAUGACACUGGCCAUGCUUUCACCAACCCAACCAACCCAAAUUACACUAAAGAAAUUUGUGAUUUGGCUCUUGGGAGGAUGAUAGAUUUUAUGAAAAAGCACUUGGCAUAAACCUUGUUUUCUAAACUUUACGUGAGAGCUCUAUGUCACAAAGAUUAGGAUAGUUUUUUUAAAAGAUGUUGUUAACAAAGAUUUGAAAACAUCGUGUUAACUGGACAUUUAAACAUAAAUGGAGUUUUACAACAAAAAGCUGGUGUAAAAGUUGCAAUGCAUUAGAAUCUCUCUGUAUCAUCCAAAUUAAAAGCCCAUUUUUGGCGAGGUGAU